UUAAACUGAUUUCAACUCCGACUGAGAUUUUAAAACUCGCUACUGUAUCCUUGACGGUCCUGAUCCUAUUUAUUAUUGAAACAGUACCUUUUGUCUCUAGAAAAGUAAACCUUUUUCCUUGAACCAUUACUUCAAUCCAAUUUCAUGUCAAGGAAUUUAGAGCUUAAGCGAUAUUGAAAGUCCCAACUGAGCCUAGCAAGUAAGCAACUGUUGAGGCUUUGUAAAUAAUGACCCUUUUAACUUCUUCCCGUCAUCAAUCACCAAAAAUGUUUCACUGGGAUAGCCGAACCUGAUUUUCUCUCGCGCAGAAUGAGUCACCCUCGAUCUUUGUAUCUUCUAUCAAGAACACUAAAAAGACACGAUCAUUACUCAACCCAUUUAUGUUCUCAACAUCUCAUUAUCCAGUCAUUUAUUAAUUUGCAGCAGGUCAUCAAAAAUCAAACUUUCACUCGUAACUCAAGAGGUAGAGCUUUGUUAAGUCCUCAUCUUAAUUUUCAACGAUCAAUUCAUGCUGAUUUGGAGCAAAACCCAGAAAUUUUUACAGAUAAAAUCAUUGAAGAUACCAGGAAUAUCUGCAGACUUUUAUCAAAAAAUCCCAAUUCAAGCAUCGAGAAAUUGCUCCUUGGUGCUUCUUUUAAGGUAUCACCAGCUUUGGUAUUAGAGGUAUUAAAGAGAUUAAGCAAUGCUGGUGCUCUUGCAUUGUCUUUCUUUAAAUGGGCAGAGAAGCAAAAAGGUUUCAUGUAUAACACCGAGAGCUACAAUGCUUUGAUUGAUUCUCUGGGAAAAAUCAAGCAGUUUAAUAUGAUAUGGAAUUUAGUUAAUGAUAUGAAGCGAAAAGGGGUAUUAACUAAGGAGACUUUUGCAUUGAUUUCUCGGAGAUAUGCAAGAUCGGGAAAAGUUAAAGAAGCAAUGAAUACAUUUGAGAAAAUGGAGAAAUUUGGAUUGAAGAUUGAAUCAACAGAUUUUAAUAGAUUGCUUGAUACUUUGAUCAAGUCUAGGCAGGUGCUGAGCGCACAAAACGUGUUUGAUAAAAUGAAAAUGAGAAGGUUUGUGCCUGAUAUCAAGUCUUAUACCAUAUUGCUAGAGGGUUGGGGUCAAGAGAAAAACUUGUUGAAGUUAGAUGAGGUUUAUAGGGAAAUGAAAGAUGAGGGCUUUGAACCUGAUGUUGUGACUUAUGGUAUUCUUAUCAAUGCAUAUUGUAAGGUUAGGAAGUAUGAUGAUGCAAUUGAGUUGUUCCGCGAGAUGGAAUCAAAGAAUUGCCAGCCUAGUCCUCAUAUCUUUUGUACUUUAAUUAAUGGGUUAGGUUCUGUUAGGAGGUUGAGCGAAGCUCUUGAGUUUUUCCGUCGAUCAAAGGCUAGUGGGUUUGCCCCGGAGACACCUACUUACAAUGCGGUUGUGGGAGCUUAUUGUUGGUCAAUGAGGAUAGAUGAUGCGUAUAGGAUGGUUGAUGAGAUGAGGAAAUCUGGGGUUGGUCCAAAUUCGAGAACUUACGAUAUAAUUCUUCAUCAUUUGAUAAAGGCUGAAAAGACAACAGAGGCUUUUUCGGUUUUUGAGAAAAUGAGCAGCGAGGAGGAAUGUGAGCCCACUGUAAGCACCUAUGAUAUCAUAGUUAGGAUGUUUUGCAACAUGGACAAAGUGGAAUCGGCAAUAAAAGUUUGGGAUCGGAUGAAGGCCAAGGGAGUACAUCCUGGUAUGCAUAUGUUCUCUAUACUAAUUAACAGUUUGUGCCAUGAGAAUAAGCUAGAUAUAGCUUGCAAAUACUUUCAGGAGAUGUUGGAUGUAGGUAUUCGGCCUCCAGCUGCUUUAUUUAGUCAUCUGAAACAAGCUUUAAUUGAGGAUGGAAGGAAGGACACUGUUGUGCUUUUGGCUCAGAAGAUUGAUAAGCUAAGGAAAACUCCGUACGUUUGUUGAGUUCAGUAAGAGAUGCCACAUGUCAAACUAUGCACCUCUAGAUCAUCGGCAACUUCCAAAAACAGCUCAUUCAGUGGACUUGGGUUCACCUAAGAUGAUAUUUGAUGGGGACUCUGUAACAUGGUUCAAAACAUGUGUACAUCUGGCUUAAUGUUACGAAAUUUAGUAUCCUAUUUUCCCUAACAUUCAUGGUGAUCAAGAAUGUUACCGACUUUUAAAUCGUCAGAUAAGUGUCUAAAUUCUAAGAUACAGUUCAUGAUUCAUAUUGCUUUCCUA